AUGGCCCCCAAAGUCAUCGUCGUCCUGACCUCCUACGGCCACAUCGAAGCCUCCAACAAGCCUACGGGCUGGUACCUGCCCGAGCUAGCGCACCCCUACGACGUGCUCAGCAGCAAGGGCGUCGAGAUCGUAGUCGCCUCGCCCGCCGGCGGCGCCGCGCCUCUCGACCCAGCCUCAGUCGAAGCCUUCAAAUCCGACGCCUCUUCAACAGCCUUCCUCGAGUCCAAGAAGGCUGUGUGGGAGAAUACGCAGAAAAUCUCAUCAUUCCACGGCAAAUCAGGCGACUACGCCGCGCUGUUCUACCCCGGCGGCCACGGGCCGAUGUUCGACCUGCCGAGGGACGCGGAUUCAAUCGCGCUGAUCAAGGAGUUCGUCGCGGCGGGGAAACCCGUCGCGGCUGUGUGCCAUGGCCCGGCUGCGUUCACGGGCGUCACGCUUGAUUCGGGGAAGCACCUGCUUGCUGGGAAGGAGGUCACGGGGUUCACGAACGUGGAGGAGGACCAGGCGAAAAUGAGCGAGUUCAUGCCGUUCAUGCUGGAAGAUAGGAUGAAGGCGGUGGGCGGGGAUUUCAAGAAGGCGGCUGAGCCGUGGGCUGAGUUCGUGCUGGUGCAGGAUGGGGGCAAGUUCAUCACGGGGCAGAACCCGGCGAGUGCAAAGGCGGUUGGGGAGGCUAUUGCUAAGUCCAUUGGGGUGUGA